UUUCAGAAAGAGGUUUGUUCUUUCCCUCGGCGCAAACUCUAGAAAGAGGACUCGGUGACUCUGUAAUAGGUAUUUUACUGUUGCUUACUGGCUCUUCGAAAGAGGGAUAUGCACAGAGGCAGCAUGCUGAAAAAUUUAUUCACUCAAAAGGGAAUAAAUUUGUAUGGGAAAGCCCUUCUUGUAAGGCCCCAGUGUUACAUAUAUGAAGACUUGUUUGGCUUGAGGUUGAUGUCAAGCUUUAAAAAUAAGUUCUACUGGAAACCAAAACGAGAUAAGGCAAAUCCAAGGCCAAAAUUUUCAGUCAUUCUCCUUGAGGAUGAUGAAAACCUGGGAAGAAAAUACGAAGUUGUGAAAGUUGAACGUGGCUAUGCAAGGCAUGUUCUUAUUCCUGAGGGAAAAGCGGAUUAUGCGAUAAAAGAAAAUCUUGAGAAGUAUAAUUGCACUGAAAGUGCAGCAAAGCCAAGGGCAUCAUUGAAAUUCCUGAACAAACUGAAGAAUAUGAAUCUUAUUUUACAAAGGCCAAAACAUGAAAGCUGGGAAAUUUCAAAACAUCAUAUUGCUUUAGCAUUUAAAAACAGUUUUAAGCUUCAUGUUCCAGUACACUGUAUAAGAACAGAUUUUGAAUCAAUUUCGUCAUAUGGGGACUAUGAAGUUAAUGUCACUGUUAAUAGAGAGAGCACAGUUCCUGUCAAGAUAUCUGUUCAAGAAUGGGAGCCAGUUUACAAAAAGGGUUGGAAGGAGUUAUUGUUAGGUGGAACAAAAGAAGAAGAAGAAGAUGUAGAGGCCCAUGAUUAGUACUUGACAAAUUGUUUUAUGUAGUUUAGAUAUUCUUAUCUUGCAUGCUCUAGUUAUUGACACCAUCUGUAUGAUGUACACUUGUACCAAUGAUUCAAUUUAUAAAGAAUCAACAUUUUAAACAGCUCCUGCCCCUUACACCAAUUCAACUCAUGGCUUCAACUCAUGGAUUGUUUUUAGAGAUAGAGAGUUGCAUUGAACUAUUUUAAUGUCAGUUGGACUGUCAUUGAUUUUUCCCAAUUUGUCCACUGCACCGAUUCCAUAUUUUUUCAAUAUUUUUCCUUGUGAACUCAAAAUUGCAUUGGUUGUACAGGACAGAUGACUUUUGAGUUUAACAUAGGUGCUUAUGGUCAUACCAUAAAUCGACAGUUUGCUUCAUCUAGCCAUUGCUGAUAAUUGUGGCCAGUCAAAACCUUCAAGGUUUGGGCAAUCCCUGCAUCAACGACUUGCCAGAAAUCCGUAGCAUUCUUUAAGCCAUACCAUACAACUCCGCCAUGGCUCGCAACAGCUUCUUUGAACUGGUCUGCCUGUUGAGCUGUUAGGUUAUCAACAAACAGAAUGAAUCGAUCCAGAUUUUUCACUAAUAGUUGUAGCGUUUUUCCGAAACGGAGAUUUGGCUUCUUCAAGUUGUUUUUCAUCUUUACUGACCAUUUCCUUCAUCCAUGACUGAAUAAUUUCAGGACUCUGUAGAUUGCUUGUUGACUCGUUCAGAGGUUUACCCACUUUAUUUUUCUCGCAUGUAAGUUUGUGUACACCCAAGCCCUGAUUAUUGACAAAAGUAUCUUUGCGGUAAGGGCACACGACGCUUUUUCUAACUUUCUCAUCUUCGACUUGAUUGGGUUUAUUAACUGCAACGUCUUUUCCUUUAUGUUUAACAAUAUUUUUUAAAUCCGAAGGAACCCAGCGUUCCGAAGAAUCGCUGUAUUGCUAACUCAGGGACUGACGCAGCUAGAACGGGAACGAUAACGUUAUCCAAAUUUUUGAUAAUUAAUUACAGUCAUACAUUACAGUCAAAAUAAAAAAUGAACUUAGGGUGUCACCACCCUAUUGUUAAAAAAGUUUAUGCAUAUAUGGCAUACCUUCGUGGUGAUGCCGCUAACGCUAUCGGCUGAGUGUAUUUCAAAACAUAAAAAGUAUAUAUAUAGCGUCAAAGGGACAAUUGUUUUUCCUUUGGGAGAAAGCUUGGAUUAAGGAAAAUUUUUAGUUUUGAUGAAGUUGAGCCUGGCAUUAUUCUUGAAUUAUUCUUAAAUCUUAGCAAUUUUUAGCCUCAAUAUUUUUAUAGACUUUAUUCUUAUUUACAAAGUGUUUAAGCAAGAAUGAACGGGCCCUUGCGAUUUAAAACUCUUUUGCCCUUUCUUAAGUUCCUUCCGAUUGUCAAUUGUGAGCGAGUCUUUCUAGUUUUCUGAAAUGAUGUAAUUCUGGUUCGUAAAUUUCAGGCUUUGGCGGAAAUUUUUUACGAGCCUUUACACUCUUUUAUUAUCAGAACAAUUUUAAUUGAUCAAAAGUUAAGAAGAAAUUAAGAACAAGCUGAGGCUGAGCUACUGUAAAAUGUAAUUUUGAACCGAGGGGCAAAUCACUGCUUAAAAUCACGUACGCUUUCAAGAAUAAUCACACUUUAAUCACAAAUGAAUCAGAUCAAUAAAAAAAAAAUUAAUCACAAAGUAUAUCAUUAAUCAUAAAAGUUACUUAAAAUAAAUAUUAGAAUCCUUGCCCACUUUUAUCCGGAUUUGCUAUUGAAAAAUUCAAUAGUUAGAAUUUUUCCUUUCACACUUUCCCAAUCUUUCCAUGAACACGUUGGAAAGUCUGCAAACACACACUCGAGAACAACAAGCUUUUAUAAGUACCCUGCAAUGGAGCAAAAAAAUGAAGGUCUCGUUGUGAUGCCGGGGUCACUGAAACAACCAUUGCUGUUUUUGUUGCCCAAAUGCCACUGAAGUUGAUCUGACCGAAAACCACGCCUGAUAGCAGUCAUUUUUCACCCAUUGCUUCAAGGACGGAUCCAGACAGUUCUAGAUUUCCCAGUUGCAGCUGUUACAUUUAUAGGAAAUGAUUUAUGUCAGAUUCUUGCAAUUUCCACAGAUAAAGUUUGAUAAUCAGGUUCCAUAUUUCUGGAACUUGUAAUUUUUUUUAUCGGUGAAAGUUUCAGGAAUGACAGUUUAAUUUCCCAAUAGCGACAUCAAUUGCGAGGGCA